UGUUUGAAUCGCCCACCUUUUCUAUCCCCCACACAACACCACACCACACCACAACCACUCAUGCACUACCAAACAACUCACAUUCCUUCUUUUAUAUAAUCUUCCUUUUUUUUAUCAUUUUCUUCUUUGUAUAUAUGUAUAUAUACUACUACUACUAUUGCUAGUCCUCGUAGGCUUGAUUGUAUGAGGUUGAAAGGCAUUCGGCCAUGAAAUAAGAAGAAAGCACACCAAGGAAGAAACCCUAGUUUGUUUUCAUGAAUUUUGUGGCAUAUUUUUAGUGGUGGUGAGCUGUGAGAUCUCCAAGUUUGCAGGGGUUUUUGGUAUGGGUCUGUCUUCUCUCCAAGUCUGCAUGGAUACUGCAGAGUGGUUGCAGGGUGUCAUCAAUGAAGAUCGAACAGGCGGUUCACCACCAUUAGAGGAGAUGAUUAGUUGCUCUAGGCCCCCUCUAGAGAGAAGACUAAGGCCUCAACCUGAGCAAGCCCUCAAGUGCCCCAGGUGUGACUCAACAAACACCAAGUUUUGCUACUACAACAACUAUAGCCUCUCCCAACCAAGAUAUUUUUGCAGAACUUGUAGAAGGUAUUGGACAAAAGGUGGAACACUAAGAAAUGUACCAGUUGGUGGUGGUUGUAGAAAGAACAAAAAGCUCUCAGUAAAAAAGCAAUUGGACCCAGUACCUCAAAACCCAUCAAUCCCAUUAAACCAUCAUGGUGACAUGAGUGUAACUGAUCUCCAACUUUCCAUUUUGGGGAACCCUAGAAAUGACAAUGGAAUAAUGGCCACUAGCCCUGCAAAAUAUGCUCUCUCUUUGUUGGGAAACCCUAGAAGUGAGGUUGGUUUUUAUGGGACCAUGAAGCCUUUUGAUGGAUUAUGUGACAUGGGACAUGUUGGUGGCCAAUCAGACCCCAAUCUUUUGAUGGGUGCUCAGAGUUUCAAUUACCCUUUUGAGUUUUCAUUGGAAGAAGUGAAUGGUGCUUAUGGCGGAUCAUUUAGUGAAAAUGGUAUGAGUGAGAAGAUGGGGUUUGGUUAUAGGGCUGGUGAGGGUAUGAACCAGGUUGAUAUCAAAUCUAGAGUUUUGAAUUUAUAUGGUGGUGUUUUCCCAAAGGCUGAGGAUUCAAGUAGUGGGGUGUUGGCCCUAGAUUGGCAAGAGCAUGGGCUUUUUGAGCCAGGUAGGCCCACAUGUGGGCCCUCUGUUUCAGCAUACCCAUUGGUCUGAGAUUCAAGUUCAGUUGGUCCAAAUUUCAAUCUCAUUUGGUUUGAACCCAAAGUCCAUUUGACCAAUUAAUGGUACAGUAUUAAUGCCUUCCACCUUAAUGCUGCCCCUACAUUAUUCUUAAUUAAGGAGCCAAAUGGUUUUCUUGCUAAUUUACAUGGCAAUUCUUUUUCUUAUUUUCCCAUUAGAUAGGUGUAUCAGGUGUUUGUGGAGGAACAAAGGGACGUGUUUGUAGAUGAGUGUGAUUGUUUUCCCUUUCUUUUUCUUAGCCUUGGAGUGUGCUUUGGCUAAUAAUUUUUGUCAAUAUGCACUUCUUUCCUAAGUGCAUGGACUUAUUACUGUAACUUAACAAUAUUGUCUGUUAUUUAGUAAAUUUCCUUUUUUACAUGAA